CUCUUCAGCGAGGCAUAUUCGGCUUCCCACCCCGCAUUUCGCCAAGCCCAAGCGCCACCGCCGCUCAGGCCCAGCCCGCAUGGACCCCACCGACCAGUCGCCGGAGGAGGUGUACUCCGUGUGGGCCCUCCCGCCGGAGCCCGUCCGCGACCGCCUCCGCGGCCUCAUGGCCGGCCUCCGCGCCGCGCACGGCGGCCCGCCCUUCGAGCCGCACGCCACCGUCGUCGGCGCCGUGCGCAUGCGCCGCCCCGCCGCAAUCCAGGCCCUCCGCGCCGCCGCUGCGGCCGCCGACGUCGCCCCCUACACCGCCCGCGUCACCGGCGUCGCCCGCGGCGACUUCUUCUACCAGUGCGUCUACCUCCUCCUCGAGCCCACCCCCGAGGUGAUCCACACAAGCGACCACUUCUGCGCCCACUUCGGGUUUCAGAGAUCAACCCCAUAUAUGCCACAUGUAAGCCUCUUGUAUGGGGAUCUAACAGACGAAGAGAAGGAAGCAGCAAGGAAGAAAGUAGAGGAAAUGGACAGUGAAAUUUCUGGACUGCAGUUCGAGAUCUCCGAGCUCGCACUUUAUCGAACCGACACCGAGGAUAAAAGCUUGGAGUCCUGGGAACUGGUGGAGGUAUGCCACCUUGGGAAGAAGUGAUCGGUUCCUCCCGAUGAUAUGCUUCUGCUGUAAGUUGUGACUGCUCUUGGGGUCUUGUAAUAUUAUGUUUUCACCUUUAAGUGUUUGAUGUAAUGAUGUGAAUGUCUAGCACCCCUGUUGCUUUGAAUAAGGAAUAAUGUGAACAUUGGACCUACCUUGGGGCUUACCUUGCCACUUGUGGGUUUUAAUACAAAGUUGACCAAUAUUGCCUUUCGUCUAAAA